AAAGCAAGAGAGGGGAUAACUUCACAGAGUUCGCCAUUGCCGACCGCCUGCCGUCCCCCAACAACAAGCGAAGCCAGCAAGGAAGCAAGCGAUUGAGGAUGAAAUCCUUCAAGAAGGAAUUCACCUUGGAGGAGAGGGCCAACGAGUCGGCCUCCAUGAUCGCCAACUACCCAGGCAGGAUCCCCGUCAUAGUUGAAAGGUUCUCGAGGAGUAAUCUUCCUGAAAUGGAAAAGAGGAAGUACCUGGUUCCAUGUGAUAUGCCAGUUGGGCAGUUCAUUUUUAUACUGCGUUCCAGGUUGCAUCUGUCUCAAGGAACGGCUCUUUUCGUCUUUGUGAACAACACUUUGCCCCAAACAGCUAACCUGAUGGGGAGUGUGUAUGAUUCCUACAAAGAUAAGGAUGAUGGCUUCCUGUACAUGUGCUACAGCAGCGAGAAGACAUUUGGGUGAUCCAUCAUAGAUAUGCAAGUCAACACGUUUACUAGUAGUGUAGUCCAUCCAAUGUACAUAUUGUGCUCUCGUUCUCUUAUCGUUUAGUUGAUCAGUAGCCUGCUGAUCUCGUAAUUUAUUUUAGUUGUCUUGUAUCUAUACUGUUGUACUCUGUGAUUGAUAAUGUUACUGUUGUGUCAUGAAAAUAAACUUGUCUCCUUGAUAA